AUGAAUAGCUACCUCAGCCAUACCGAUCAAGCCUUCUGCUGCCACGAAGCCGGUCUCGUGGACUACUUCCUCGGCUGUGUCAAUAAUGCUGCGUACUACUUGCAGAUCCGCCGUUGCACACUCCCGGCCGAUGGCUCUAUUGACAUUGUCAAUGUCGCAGUCAAGAUCGUCGAAUCGCAGCUGCGCAUUCUCGGCAUUGUACUGUGCGCUGCCGAUGUCCCGUUUUGCGCUCCCAAAGCCAUUCUAAAAGUCCCGUCACUCGCGUUGGAGGUCUCCUUGAGCCGGGUUAAUGAUUUCAUCACUGUAGUCGCGCUGCGCAUCGCUGACUUCGCGCUCGGCCGCCCGGUGGCUGCGUUGGCGUUCGACUGCGUGCUGUCUCUGCCCCCCAUCGCAUUCGCCACAAAGACUUUCCACGCCUGUUCCGGGUGGUCAACUCUAGCUUGGAGGUCCUUGCAAAAGCGUUCGGCUUUUUGCUUGGCGGACCCUGAAGCGCUGUGGACGUUCUUCUGCGUUUCGUGGCACGACUUCCGCUUCUCCUUGAGACUAGUCAAUCCAGCCUUCGAGUCGCUUGGUGACGUAAUCAAUGAGAUGCUGUUCCACGAGACCAUGCACCUCGACGUCGGCUGUGGCCCAAGACUUGAUGUCCUUCAAGACUCUACUGGUGACUGCUUGUGUCAUAUACAGGAGCACGUGAGAAGGUGGCUGGGAGCGCAAUCAGCGGUUACACCUGUCAGCAAGCCGACGUCUAUUGCCAUCUCGGUGUUUGUGAUUGUCCACAACGAACGCCAAAAGGCCGGUGGCGCCAACAUCAAGUUCAAUCGUCGUUAA